AUGGGGAACAAUAUUUCUAGAAGAGAUGAAAUUCUGGAAAAGUAUAAAGAUAUAUUAGAACAUAUUAAUGGUAAGGAGGCAAAGGAUUGGUAUUAUUGGGAUUAUAUUACUUAUUUAGAAAAUGAUAUUAAAAAAAAUAAACCAUGGGAGAAGACAAACUUCUUACAAAUAUUAAGAGAUAAUGGAGGUGUUCCAGUUGAAGAAAGUAAAAAAUUCUGUAGAUGGAAAGAAGUACAAAAAGAGAUUUUUGAUGCUGUUAUCGAACACCAUCAAUACGAUUAUUAUUAUCCUUGGGAAAGAGAUGUAGAACGUAUAUUAAAUCAAUCCUCUAAAACCACAGAUUUAAUGAAAAACGAUUGCAGCCAAAUUGAUAUAAUAGAAAAAGAAACAAAAAAUUCUAAAACGGAUAAAGAGAGCGUAUGUUUGUUUAACACUACAGACAUUGGUUCAUGUUUACCUUCAAGACGAAGCAAUUUAUUUAUCGAUGGAAUAAAAACAAAUAUCAGUGCAACAGAAGAAUAUAUUGAUAAAGGACUUUCAGUUGAUGCCGUAAAACCUCUUUUUCUUGGAAGUGUGGUGGGUUCGCUUGCAAAUAAAGCAAAAACUGAAAUUCAAAAAUUAAAGAAUAGUGGAAAACCUGAUGCAUAUAUAUGUAAAAUAAUGAAAAGAAAUAUUUCUGAUUAUAAAGAUUUAUUUCUUGGAAAAGAUAUUGUGUCACAUGGUUAUUCCAAAGAAUUACAAUGUAGGUUGGAAAAAAUACGUAAAUAUAUAAAAGAAGAAGAUGAAACAAAAUAUAGUCAAUUAUUAGAUAAUAAAAUUAAAGAAAUUGUACAAAAAGAUUUGGAUGGUUUAAUAGAUGAAAGUGGAAAUAAAUGCACACUACAUAAUACCUCAGAAACACAGUUUCAGUGUCUACGAUUUUUGGAAGAAUGGUUCGAGGAAUUUUUGAAACAACAACAAAACAUUCUAAAUAAUAUAAUACAUAGAUGUGUUAAUAACAAAUCAAAAAUAGUAAAAUUGGUUGUUGAUGGUAAAAAUAUUGAAACAACAUGUGAUUUUUAUUGUAAAGGUUAUACGGAUUUUCUAAAAAGCAGUAGAUCCUGUUAUGAGACAUAUCGUAAAAAAUGCAAAGAAAAUAUUAUGAAAACAGAAGAUAAAUCAAAUAGUAAAAUGUAUGAGGAAUCCGUUGCACAGGCUGAAAUAAAUUCCGCAUUGAGAAAAAUAAUAAACAAAUCAAAAUGUCCAAAACAUAUAUGUGGAGAUUAUAAUGUGGAUUUAUUACCAUAUUUUGACCCGAGUUAUGCUAAUUUUUUUUUGCAUAAAGGUUAUCAUUGCGGUUGUGAAAACAACACUGGUAAUAACAAUUACAAACGUUUGUAUAAUAACAAUGAUCGUGAUAACAAAGUGGAAACUGUCCUGAACGAACUGAGUUUAUGUUCCAUGAAUGAUGAGGAUUUAGAUGGAACAGUGGGUAGUAAUGGUGAGAAAGUUAUAACAUUGGAUGGAAACGCAAAAAAUAUUUGUAAUAUUAGGUUUGUGGAUUUAUUCCUUAGAAAAAAAACAGCAGAUCUAUGUACAACAAAUUAUAGAUCUCCUAAAGUAUGGAUGUGCAGCGAAAAUAGAGGUAUCCAAGAAAGACUUAUACAUGAAUGGAAAAAUAAAGCUUGUUUGGCUCCACGAACACAAGCGUUGUGUUUAGGAUAUUUACAUGUUGAUAAUAAUGGCAUAACAUAUAACAAAAUUGAUACUAUUGACAGUAAUGAAAAACUAUUAACAGAAUUAGUUUACGCUGCAAUAACUGAAGGCAGAAAUUUAAAAAGCUUUUUCGCAUCACGACAUCAGCGAAGUGGUGGUGACAACCUUUGUAAUGCCUUGAAGUACAGUUUUGCCGAUCUUGGAGAUAUUGUUCGUGGACGAAGUAUAUGGGAAAAUGGAUAUACGAAAAGCAUGGAAAACAAUUUAAAAGAGAUAUUCAAACGAAUAUAUAAUAAAUUGCCGAGUGAGAAACAAAGUAUAUAUAAAAAUGACAAAAAUAACCCGCGUGAUACAAGCUAUCAUUAUUUGCGUGAAACAUGGUGGAACACUAAUAGAGAAUAUAUAUGGAAAGCGUUAAGAUGUGGUGCGGGAAUGAACACACCUAAUAGUUGCGGCGCAGAUGUUGCCCCCAAUAUCGAUUAUAUGCCUCAAUUUUUGAGAUGGUUUGCCGAAUGGAGCGGUUAUUUUUGUGAGGAAAAAAACUCAUAUGAUAUACCAUAUAUUCAUAUCAAAAGUGAAAAUGAGGAUAAGAAUAUCAAAUCAAUGUGCACAGGGUGUAAUUAUAACAGAGCUGGAGAUUGUUUAAAUAGUUACCCUGAAUCUGGUCAUAUAUCGUCAGAUACUACAUGUUCAAAAUGUAAAACAAUGUGUGAAAAAUAUACAGAAUGGAUACGAAAUCAGAAAAGCGAAUAUGAAAAACAAAAAAACAAAUACCAAGAAGAAAUAAAGAAAGCACAAAAUGAAAUCAAAAAAACGAGAACGAAUAAAAGAGCAAUUAUGUUCAAUAAUAGUAAAAAUGUUACUGAAUUUUUUACAAAAAUCGAAAAGGAUUAUCCUCAGGCAAAUAAUUUUUUACAUGACACGUUUAAAGAAACUGACUGUGAUCAAAAUGUAGAGCCAAUAAACUUUGAAAGAGAACAAAAUACGUUUCAUGAAAAACAUAGAUAUUGUAGAACAUGCGCUGAACAAAAACAUCUUGAAGAUGCUAUAGGAGAAAAAUUUCUUCCGGAUGGUCGUCCAGGCCACCAUCCAAAUCGUCCAGUUUAUACAGGAACAACUAUUGUUCCAAAAAAUACAACAGGUUCACAAAACAUUUCUGGAGGAACGGUACCAGGAAUAUCUGUUGGAGAUGUUAAAGAAGAAAAACCAAAACAUGAAUGUGACGAAAUAUUUGUUGGAAAAUGGAACGAAUGGGAUUGUACCAAAACAAAUAUAAACCAUCAACCAGUAUGUAUGAAAAAAAAUGAUAUAGAUUAUGACAAAGAAUUUUUUGAUUUAUUUAAUGAAUGGAUCAAAGACUUUUUAAAAGAACACAAACAGUUUAUUACCAAGGUAGAAUCGUGUAUUAACAAUAACGGUGGAAAUAUAAGUAAUUGUCCUAAUGAAGAAUGUCGAAAUCAUUGUCAUUGUUAUAAUAAAUGGGCACAUAAUAAACAAAAAGAAUGGAAUUCACAAAAAGAAUUUUUUAAAACAAAUAAUAAAGAAAGUUUUGAAUUAUUUAGUCAUGGAGGUAAUGAUUAUUAUUUGGAUUUAUAUUUAGAUAACUUACAUUUUCUUAAUGAUUUCGGAAUUCAUGAAAAUACUACCCCUAGUUCACAAAUACAGGAAAAAAUAAAUGACGCGAUAUAUAAAUCAGAGGACUGUGUUAAAAAAUGCCCGAAACCAAUAAAAUGUGAAGAUAAAGGAUUUGACAAUGAUUGGCAAUGUGAUCACGCUACUAGUUCUCUAGGUUACACUAAUAAAUCUAUGUGUUUGAGAAAAGGAGAUGAUAAAUACGAAAAACCAAAUUUAAAUGAAUUAGAUACGGUUUACAAAUUUUAUGAUGUAUUUAAUGAAUGGUUAAACGAUAUGCAACGCUUGCUAGAAGAAAAUAUUGAAAUAUUGAAAUCAUCAUGUACGAACAAAUUUAUAAGUAUGAAAAAUAACACAAAAAAUAAUAAGAAUAACUGCAAUAUAUGUAGAGAUGAUUGUAAGUGUUAUGAUAAUUUAAGAAAGAAAAUUAAUGAACAAUGGGAAAAACAAAAAAACUAUUUUGAAUUAUAUAAAGAUUAUAAAGAUAAUAUGAUGAGAAACAUUGAUCUUGAUACAUAUUUGGAAGCACAAUGUGAAUAUAAUUUGACAGAAAAAGGAAAAGACGAAAGCGAAGCGCAACAAAAAUGUUCGAAAAGAAACACCAACAGUGGUAGUAAUUCGACAAUUUUUGACGAAAUGUUAGAAAAUAAGACUAAAAAGAAACAAUCGGUGUGUGAAUCAUGUGAAAAAGUAAACGAAAACAAACCUGUUGAUGAAAAAACAUGUAAAAAAAUUAAAGAUGCUACUGAUUGUAGAGGUAAGGAAUUUGAUGGAUUAAACCAUAAAAAUGAAGAAAAUAAAAAAUGGUCGUGUAAAAGUGAUAAUAGUAAGUCAGAAAUUAAAGAACAGGUAUGUGUCCCUCCAAGAGGACAAAGCGUAUGUAUAGCAAACAUGGUAGAUAACGCUGGGAAAGUUUUAUUAAAAGAUACAAAAGAAGAUUUGGAAAAAAAAUUAAUAUCUGCAAUAAAAAAAGAAACGAAACUGCUAUGGGAUAAAUUUGGCAAUAAAGGUACUAAUAACGAUAAAGCAUGUAGAUUAACAUAUAGAAGUUUUAAUGAUUUUAAACAUAUGGUUUUAGGUGACAGUUUAUGGAGACAUCAGAAUAUUAAAAAGUUAGAAGAUAAAAUAGGUGAAAUUAUAAAAAAUGGUGGUAAAAGUGGUACUGAUGCUACUAUUGAAGAACGGCAAAAAUGGUGGAAAGAAUACGAAAAACAUUUUUGGGAUGCUGUCAAAUGUGGGAUCAAAGCGGCAAAACCAGAUGCAAGUGGUAAUGAAUGUCCUCGACUCAUUAAUGAUGAUGACCAGUUCGAAUGGUGGGCAAAAGAGUGGUCGGACGAUUUUUACGACAAAAGAAAAGAAUUGGUUGUACAAGUUGAGGCAGCCUGUAAUGGUAGUAAUGGGUGUAGUGGUAGUAACACAACACCUAGUACAGUUUGUAGCACAAAAUGUACACAGUACAAAGAUUUUCUAACACUUAAACGCAAAGAGUGGACAGAUAAUUUCAAAAAACAUUUAGAGCAAACACACAACCAGGAUAAAUACUCGCCACAUAAUUUCUAUUUAUUAUAUCCUUGUACAUAUCAUAGUUGUGAUGGCACAUAUAUAAAGGAUUUGUUAGGUGAUAAGGAGUAUGGAGAAUUACAAAAAAAAUGCAAAUGCGGUACAUUGCCACAAAUACCAGAAGAAAAGAAUCCUUGUAGUGAUAAAUUUGAAUUCCAUGCAUGUAAUGAAAAAAAAUAUGAUUUAGGUUCGUGGAGUAGUCUGUACGUGAAAAAUGUGACCGAUCGUGGUAAAGUCUAUGCCCCUCCAAGACGUAACAGUAUAUGUAUAGGGUGGUUGUUCUCGCCACUAGACAGUGUUAAAAGUGGCAACAAGAACGCUGCCAAGAGUGAAUUGAGACAAAAAAUUAUUGAUGCAGCGAAAGGGGAAGUGCACUACCUACACAAAUAUUAUAAAGAUAAACAGGUUAAAUCUGGUGUUUCUCCUAGUGGUACUGUACCACCCGUAUAUUGCGAUGCCCUGAAACGUUCGUUCGCCGAUAUAGGCGAUAUGGUUAAAGGUACAGAUAUGUGGAUGGCGGGGUAUUCACCUCUCGUCGAACAAAAUAUAUACAAUGUAUUUGCAAUGAAGGAUACUAGUGCUACUACACCACCUAUCGAGGAACAAAUAGAAAAAGAACGUAAAGAAUGGUGGGAUCAAAAUAAAGACAAUGUAUGGGAAACAAUGUCGAAAUGUGAUAAAAACAACACGUGUGAAAAAAAUACACCUACUGAUGACAAGAAACCUCAGUUUUUAAGAUGGCUAGAAGAAUGGGGAGAAUAUAUAUGCGAAGAAAGAGAAAAUCAAAUGAAUGAAUUACAGAAUAAAUGUAAUGAUAGCAAAAACGACGUAGAAAGUGAUAAGAAAUGUGGCCGAGGAAGUGAAGAUUGCAAAAAACAGUGUAGUAAAUACAAUAAUUGGAUAAAUGUAUAUAAAAGGGAAUGGUUAGGCCAAAAAUCGAAAUACAAAGAAAUAUAUGGAAACAAAGAUAAACCAGAAUAUGAAGAUUAUAAAAAAUACGUAAAUACAGACAAAACAUCUAAUGAUUAUAUAAACUCCAAAUGUGAUAAAUGCAAAACUAGUGGUAGUAAGAGUGGUGGAUCCAACAAUAUAAAUUUAGAUGAUGUUUUCCAAAAACGUGAUGAUCAAUAUAAAAAAUACGAACCAUUUUGCACAACGUGUCGAGUCAACAAAAUUGCGGACACGGUAAAGAAAAAACAGAAACGUGGACGUGCCAAUCCGUGUGCCAAACCUAGUGGUAGUCAACCCACUACAAGUGUGUACGUCGUCGCACAACAUUUCCAAGAGCAGGCAAAAAAAAAAUUGGAUGAACGUGGUGGUGAUCAUUUGCAAGGUAAUGCAGAGAAAGGUGAAUAUAAACGUGAUAGUAAGGUAAAUAAAUUGGAGGGUGGCAUAUGUAAUAUAGAUAUCAAACAUUCCAAUGAUAAGCGUAACAUUGGUGAUGGUGAACCAUGUAAAGGCAAAGGUACAGGUAACGAUAAUAGUGAACAUACGAGAUUUGUUGUAGGAUUUCAAUGGAAAACGGAUAACAACAACAUGCAUCCAAACCACCUUGAUGUUAUUAUGUCACCAAGAAGACGUCAUAUAUGUACUUCAAAUUUGGAACAUUUGAAAACUGAAAGUGGUCCACUUGCAGGUGGUGAUAAAGGUGAUGAUGGAAAACUUGUUAAUAAUUCUUUUUUGGGGGAUGUGUUGCUUACUGCGAAUCAAGAGGCAAAGAAAAUAAUAGAACAGUAUAAAGAAAAGAAUAAACUAAAAAACGCACAAGACCCAUUAGACGCAAAACACCAGGCAACAAUAUGUAGAGCUGUACGUAGCAGUUUUGCUGAUAUCGGAGAUAUUAUAAGAGGAAUGGAUUUAUGGAGUAAAAACAGUGACAUGAUGAAGCUAGAAAAAAAUUUGAAAGAAAUAUUUAUAAAGAUUAAAGGAACAGUUAGUGACAAAAAUAAAUAUGCUACUGACACCGACAAUGCACAAUUACGUAAAGAUUGGUGGGAAGCAAAUCGUACACAAAUAUGGCAAGCAAUGAAAUGUCAUUUAUCAAAUUUGAAUGAUACGUCGGUCGAUCCUUCAUCAAAUGGUAACUGCGGAUAUAGUGAUAGUGUCCCGAUGGAUGAUUAUAUCCCCCAGAGAUUGAGAUGGAUGACCGAGUGGGCCGAAUGGUUUUGCAAAGCACAAAAAAAUAAGUAUGAGGAGUUGAUGAAGGAGUGUAAGGAAUGUACAAAUAGUAGUAUUAGUGGUCGUAAGGGUGGUGCUGUAACAUGUACAGAAUGUGAAAAGUGCAAAAAAGCUUGUGGUAAAUAUAGUACAUUUAUUACAAAUUGGGGAAACGAUUGGAAAACACAAUCAAAGAAGUACAAAGAAUAUAUGACUAAAGUAAAUGAUAGUGGUAAGGACGAAAACGAGAAAACACUUCUUGAAUUUUUCAAAAAACUGAAGGAUGAAAAUAAUGGAAAUACCACAUUUGAAAAUGCUGAAGUAUAUGUACAUGAUAUAGGUAAUUUUGAUGAUUGCAAGGAACAAAAUGUUUUUUGUGAAAAUAGUGGUAAAAACGAUUAUGCUUUUGAGGAGUACCCAAAAGAUUAUAAAGAUCAGUGUACGUGUACGACACCUGCUAACCCCCCUGCAGCACGACCUCCAGCAGCAGCCGCGGCAAAACCCGCCGCAACCAAGCCAGCAACAACAAAACCACGUGGUGGUGGUGCUGCUGGACGUAGUAUUGUGGAUAGUAAUACUCCGGUUAUUAGCACUACUAAAACUUCAGAUGGAGCAACAGUGACAACUACAGUUUCGUUUACCCCCUCUGGUCCGGAUAACACGGUUGACCCAUUGGCAGCAGGAGGUAGUGGUAGUCCACAACCUGAUAGCCAACCCGGAAAAGAUAGUGGUAGUACUGGAGGUCAAUCAUCUACUGUAAAUCCUGGAAGUAGCAAACAAGAACCACAACCACCAGCUUCUACUGCACCGUCUUCACCACCAACAAUUGUACCCAAUGGAGAAAAAGAAAAAAAAAAGCAACAAAAUUCAGUACCGCAGCCAAAUCACAUACGUGCACCUAAAGAUCCUUUGAAUUGUGUUGACACAGCAGCAUAUUAUUUGUCUAAAGAGGCAAAAAAUGCUUUAGAUAAUGUGAAAAGUAAAUUGCAGGGAUCAGAACAACACAAUGUAUAUACACCACAAAAAAAGGUUUGGGGUAAUAGUGGUAGUUGCAAAAUUACACAUACUACUACAGGACAAACAUAUAGCUGUGAUGGAAAUGAAAACCCUUUUGAUGAUGAAAAGGGAAAAUGGGAUUGCUACAACGGAACUAACAGGUUGACCAUUGGUAAUAUAUGUUUGCCUGUUAGAAGGAAAUAUAUGUGCACGAAACCAUUGGAAAAGAUAGACACUACAUCAAAUAAAACGUCAGAAGUAUUGUUCAAAAACGUAUUGCUUACUGCAGCAUAUGAAGGAAAACAUUUAAAAGAACAAUGGGAAAAGAUGGAAAAAACGCCAAACGCGAGAACGAAAAUAAAAAUGUACGAAUUAUGUGAUGCUAUAAAAUAUAGUUUUGCUGACUUAGGUGAUAUCAUUAGAGGAAGGGAUAACUAUAAAGGUACAAAUGGUAAUAGUAGUAAAGGUGGUAGUAAUAGAUCAAAUAUUGAGGAAAAAUUAAAAACUGUUUUUGAAAAUAUACAAAAAAUAAAUGAUUUGGAAUUAAAAUAUCCUAAUGAUAAACCUAAUUUUCACAAAUUACGUUCCGCUUGGUGGGAUGCUAAUAGGGAAUCAAUUUGGGAAGCAAUGACUUGUUCUGCUCCAGAAAAUGCUCCUCUUCGUAAAUAUCUCAAAGAUAGUGGAAUUGAUAACUUAUUAUCUUCAAGAUAUAAAUGUGGUCACGACGAUGAUCCACCAACAGAUGAUUAUAUCCCUCAAGGUUUUCGUUGGAUAAAAGAAUGGAGCGAAAAUUAUUGUAAUGCUCAAAAAAAACAAUUAGAUAUUUUGAAAAAAGAAUGUGGGGAAUGUGAUAAAAAUACAAAUGAUUUAGCAUGUAUGAUGAAUUCAAAUACCAAAGAUAGAAAAUGUACGAACUGCGCAGAUACAUGCAAAGAAUACACAAAUAUGAUUAAUACAUGGUAUAAUCAAUGGACAAAACAACAAGAAAUGUAUAAAGAAUUAUAUAAUUCAAGAACUGCAGUUGAUAUUAAUAAAAGGCAUAUUAAAGAGUUCUUAGAUAAAAUUAAUGAUAAAUGUAAAGAUAAACCAGUACGUGCAGAAGAAUUUAUUAAGGAAGCGAGUUAUUGUACACAUCUUACAUUUGACAAAACAAAAAGUACAAAUAAUAAUUCUUAUUCCUUUGAAUAUCCACCUUAUGGAUAUAAAGUUUUAUGUGGUACUCAAUAUAGGAAAUCAUGUAAAGCAUUAAAACGUAUAGGAUCCCAUAAGAUAUGUGAAACAAAAUAUGCCUUAGUUGGUGAAGGUUCUAAGUGGAAGAAACUUCUUGGUUAUAAUAUAUAUGUACCACCACGAACACAGCAAUUAUGUUUAAAACCAUUAGAAGCAUUAGAAAUAACAAGUACAAAAAACCUUGGUGUUGCAGAACACAUAUUUUCUAUGAGAAUGCAGGCUUCAGCAUACAAUGAAGCAAAAUUACUUUAUGAAUACUUUAAAGGAGAUGAUAAAGUAAGCAUAUAUUCAAAUGAUAGUGUAGUCACUGACGACGACAUAAAACAACAUACACUUGAAGCAAUGAAACGAAGUUAUGCGGAUUACGGUGAUUUAAUUAAAGGAACAACUAAAUAUGAUUACAAUGGUACAAAAACAAAUCUGGAAGAUUAUAUUAAAACUAAAUUACAAUAUGAUGGAACUCAUGGAAAAACAAGUGAAGAUUUGUGGAAUAAACAUAAAUCCGAUAUUUGGCAAGCUAUGAUAUGUGGAUAUAAUGAUGCAAAACCAAAUAAACCACUUGAUGAUGAAGAUGUUGUGUGCGAAUUGCCUAAUAAUGAUACUGAAAAGGAAUUUUUACGUUGGUUUACUGAAUGGACAGAAGAUUUUUGUGCUCUCAAAAGGAAAGAGAUACAGAAAGUGAAUGAUGCCUGUCAAUUUAAUAAUUGUGAAGAUGCAAAUAAUGAAACAAUAGGAUCGUGUCAAAAAUCGUGUGCCAAAUACAAAACAUGGGUUCAACAAAAAAAAAAUGAAUAUAGAAAUCAAAGCUUAAAAUAUAAUAAUUACCACAAGAAUUCUAACCAAGGAAAAGAAUCACAUGAAUUUUUGAAGGAAAAAUGUAAAGAAAAAUGCGAAUGUAUAGCUCAAAAGGUAAAUAAUGAUAAUAUCGAUAAGGUUUUUGAUGAGUAUCCUAAAGAAUAUAAAAUGAAAUGUGAAUGUUCUCCUUAUUCAUUGAAUAAAUGCCCUUACAAUAAUAGAAAUAAUGAAAUAUGUAAGAGAUUUGAACAGGUUCGGCAUUGUUCAACAAACACAUUUGAUAACAAACUUUCUGAAUGGAGUAAUGAACUUAUAAAAAGUAAUACUGUUGAAAAUAAAGGUGUGUUACUUCCUCCUAGAAGACGACAUUUAUGCACAAUAUCCUUACGAGAUAUAACGAACGGGAAAAUGGACAUUAAUGGCUUUAAAAUGAAACUUCUCCAUGCUGCUUAUAGUCAAGGAAGAUUAUUAAGAGAUAUAUAUAGCAAAUACACUAGUGAAUCUUUACAAGCAAUGAAAUAUAGUUUUGCGGAUUAUGGAGAUAUAGUUAAAGGUACGGACAUGAUGGGUAAUUUGAAUAAUUUGAACGAAAGGUUAAGAUUAAUACUUAAUAAAAAAGGAAAUAAUCAGAUAUCUGAUGAUCCUAAAAAUUGGUGGGACAAUAAUAAAAAACAUGUAUGGCACUCUAUGUUAUGUGGAUAUAGAAAAGGUAAAAAUGCUAGCACCAAUGAAACAUUGGACAAUACAUGGUGUAGUUUACCUAACGAAGAUAAUACGAAUCAAUUUUUGAGAUGGUUGACAGAAUGGUCCCAACAAUACUGUAAAGAAAAAAUAACAAUAUCCCAAACAUUAAAACAAAAAUGUAAUAAUAUUGUUAAUGGAAAAGACACACCUAACAAUAUAUACUCAAUAAAAAAUAUAGAAUGCAAAAAAUUAUUUAGUCAAUAUGAAAAUUGGAUUUUAUCUCGAAAUAAUGAAUGGAAAGGAUUAUCUGAAAAAUACAAUAAUAUUAAGAACAACAACAAAUCUGGCAGUAAUAUACCAUCUGAGGAUUCUGCGGAGAAAUAUGUAAGAAGUCGAUGUAAUUCAUGUAUGUGUAAUUUGAAAGAUAUGGUAGACAUAAGUAAAUAUGGCACUGACAAUGAUAAUGCAGUAUUCAAGGAACUAGUUAAAAUAAUAGAAUUUGAUACUGAUUCAUCUAGAACACAAAUACAAAAUAUAUCACAGAAAAUAAAUUUGAAUCCAAACAGUAUAAAAACGGCUGUAGAUACUAUGAAAGAUAUACUUUCUUAUGGAUUAAUAGGUACCAUGGGAGUUACAGAAAUUGGUUUAAAAACUGGAGAAUAUUUUAAAAAAAAGAUUUAUGAAAUAUACAACGAAAUAAUAAAACCUGUGGAAAAAAAAGGAGAUACAUCAUCUAACAACAAUAACAUAUAUGAAAACCCCAAUAUUCUGAUUCCUACAGGUAUAGGUACGGCCUUAACAAUAGGAUGGCUUUUAUUCAAGAAAAAACCCCAAAUUACAUCUACCCGGACCAAUUUAUUUCGUGUUAUUGAUAUACCCCAAAACGAUUAUAGUAUACCUACAGAGAAAUCAUCAAAUAAAUAUGUCCCUUAUAGAAGUCAUGGAUAUAAAGGAAAAACAUAUAUAUAUGUUGAAGGAGAAGAAACGGACGAUUAUAGUUAUCUUCGUGAUAUAUCAUCUUCUGACGUAACUUCAUCAGAAAGUGAGUAUGAAGACCUCGAUAUUAAUGAUAUAUAUCCCUAUAAAUCGCCAAAAUAUAAAACAUUAAUUGAAGUAGUACUAAAACCAACUAAAAGUGAUAUAACAUAUAGUGCUGACACACCAAAUAGUGGUACUAUACCACCUAUACCUAGUGACAUACCCACGAAUAAAAUUACAGAUGACGAGUGGAACGAACUAAAACAGGAUUUUAUUUUAAAAAUGUUACAAAAUGAUAAUAUGGAUAUAUCUCGUGAAAAUAUAAGUGGAAACAUUUAUAUGGACAACCCACCCCAUACUGUGGAUAAUAGGUUUGGAGAAAAACCUUUUAUUACACAAAUCCAAGAUAGAUAUUUACAUGGUGAUAACCAGGUUAGUUAUAAUAUUGAUUGGAAUAUACCAAAACAAAAGGAAGUAACUAGUAAUAUCAUGGAUAUUCCGACAUAUGUGUCACAAAAUCUAUAUAGUGGUACAGAUCUAAUUAAUGAUUCUCUAAAUGGUAAUGAACAUAUUGAUAUAUAUGAUGAGUUAUUGAAAAGAAAAGAAAAUGAACUAUUUGGAACAAAAUAUAUGAAACAUACAACAACAAAUAGUGUUUCGAAAAAAACAAAUAGUGAUCCUAUAAGUAAUCAAAUAGAUUUGUUCCAUAAAUGGUUAGAUAGACAUAGAGUUAUGUGCGAACAGUGGAAUAACAAAGAGGAAAUGUUAAGUAAAUUGAAUGAUGAGUGGAAUAAAUCAAAUACCAUUCAUAUGUCGGAGGAUAAUUAUGAUGAAAAUAAGCUUAAAGUGCUUCUAGUUCACGAAGAAUAUAAUUUAAAUAAUACAAGAACUAAUUAG